AUGUCUGGUCUUUCUCUUGCACAGGCGCGCUUGCGUGAAGAACGUAAAGCAUGGCGUAAAGAUCGCCCUUUUGGUUUUUGGGCAAAACCGCGAGAGUUAACAACUUCUUCAACCUCAAACAACACAGCAACAACCGGUAGUGGCAACAAUAAUCACAAUACUCAUACGAAUAAUAAUAAUAAUAAUAAUAAUCAUACAAGUAGUACGGGGUCAACAGUAGCUGUCUCAUCAAGUGGGAAUCAUACUCUUCACACCAAAACGACCCUUGGCUCUACUACUAGUACGACUACGAAUACGAAUGGUACGAAUAGUAAUACCAAUCAUAAUAGUACGAAUACUAAUAACGACGUCAUCAGCAGCAGCAGCGGCCCUACUACUACUAAUACUAUUAAUAAUAAUAAUAAUAAUAAUAAUAAUAAUAAUAAUAAUAAUACUGGAGGAGGAGGUGGAGGUUUGGAUCUGCUUGAGUGGGAGGCUGGUAUUCCUGGAAAGCCCGGCACUCCCUUUGAGGGUGGUGAGUUCCGCCUGCUACUCCGCUUUACGGAAGAUUAUCCAACCAAACCGCCCAAGUGUGUUUUCACGCCUGUGUUAUUUCAUCCAAAUGUCUACCCGAGUGGAACGGUGUGUUUAUCUAUUCUCAAUGAGGAGAAGGACUGGCGGCCGAGUAUCACGAUUAAACAGAUCCUGCUGGCUAUUCAAGAACUGCUGGAUAAUCCAAAUAUUAAAGACCCCGCACAGGAGGAACCGUAUAAAGUUUAUAUGCGAGAUCGUAAGGAAUAUGAAGAGCGGGUGCGGCAGGAGGUGGCGAAACACCACCAGAAACGUUUGGUGUAA